ACAAAGGCCUGAGGGAUGCCUGCCCAGCAAGCUGAGCCACCAAAGCUCUGGGGAUCAGAGGGAACAAAGACAGAGGGAAAGAAGAGUGCUGACAGGGCCAGAGGCCAGAGGCCGCAGGGCUAUAAAGAGGGAGGCCACAAAGCAAGUGGCACCAGAUGGAGACCCAGACUGUGCAGCAGGAGCUGGAAACCCUUCCAACCACCAAGAUGGCUCAGACCAACCCUACGCCGGGGUCCCUGGGGCCAUGGAAGCUGGAUUGGUUAUGAGCAUACCAGCUUCUGUGGGCAACAGUUUAUCCUGGAGAGAGGAGAAUACCCUCGCUGGGAUGCCUGGAGUGGGAGUAAUGCCUACCACAUUGAGCGUCUCAUGUCCUUCCGCCCCAUCUGUUCAGCUAAUCAUAAAGAGUCUAAGAUGACCAUCUUUGAGAAGGAAAACUUUAUUGGACGCCAGUGGGAGAUCUCCGACGACUACCCCUCCUUGCAAGCCAUGGGCUGGUUCAACAAUCAAGUUGGCUCCAUGAAGAUACAAAGUGGGGCCUGGGUUUGCUACCAAUACCCUGGAUAUCGUGGGUAUCAGUAUAUCUUGGAAUGUGACCAUCAUGGAGGAGACUAUAAACACUGGAAAGAGUGGGGCUCUCAUGCCCAGACUUCCCAGAUCCAAUCGAUUCGCCGAAUCCAACAGUAGUGGAUUAAAACCUCCAAGUACGAGAAUUCCUUAAGGCACGAAGCCUUGCUAAGCACUCUAGAAUGAGUUUUAUGUUCUGCUCACAUUGCUUUCAAAUGUUAGCUGCUGAAACCCACAAUAAAUGUCAUUAAAAAAAAAAAAAAACUUUGUAGAC